GCUGCAGCAGCAUCAAGGUGCAGGGAGGAGAGCAGAGGGGCCUUGAGAUAAGGCUCCAGACACAACACCAGGGCGGGGGGACCCCUCCGCCAGCCCUCAUAAACGGUGCGGCCGCCGCAGCCGGCACCGCGGGGCCAUGCAGAGAACCACGGUGCUGAUCACGGGCUGCUCCUCGGGCAUCGGCCUGGGCCUGGCCGCGCGCCUGGCGGCCGAUGGUGGCUUCAAAGGUAAAGGUGAUGCUGCACCGGGGAGGGGGGGAUGGACCACAGGGGGUCCCGGGCUGGGCCGAGGGCAGCCGGUGCUCGGGGCGGGCUGUGGCCGGCACCGAUGGCACCGUGGGCACGCUCUCCCCGCAGUGUACGCCACCAUGCGCGACCUGGCCAAGGGCGAGCGGCUGCUGCAGCGCCUCGGGGGCCGCUGCCCCGACACACUGGAGGUGCUGCAGCUCGACGUGACCGACCCGCGGUCACUGGAAGCCGCCGCACGCCGGCUGCAGGGGCAGGCGCUGGAUGUGCUGGUCUGCAACGCCGGGGUGGGACUGAUGGGCCCCCUGGAGACCUGCUCGGACCAGGACAUGAAGAACGUGUUUGAUGUGAACCUCUUCGGGGCCAUCCGCACCAUCCGGGCGUUCCUGCCCGCCAUGAAGCGCCGCCGGGCCGGGCGCAUCAUCGUCUCCAGCAGCAUCGGGGGGCUGCAAGGGCUGCCCUUCAACUCCGUGUACUGCGCCAGCAAGUUCGCGGUGGAGGGGCUGUGCGAGAGCCUGGCCAUCGUCCUGCUGCCCUUCGGCAUCCACCUGACGCUGGUGGAGUGCGGGCCCGUGAACACGAGCUUCCUGAGCAACCUGCGGCGCCCGGACCCCGACGGCAGCGAGGUGCAGAGCCUGGACGCCGAGACGCGAGGUCUCUACCGCCGGUACCUGCGGCACUGCCAGGGGCUCUUCCGCGCCGAGGCCCAGGAGGUGGAGGAGGUCCUGCAGGUGUUCCUGGAGGCCAUGGGCAGCGCCCGUCCCCCCCUGCGCUGCGCCACCACCCAGCUCCUGGAGCCGCUCGCUCGGCUCCGCCUCACCGACGGCUCCGCGUACGUCCAGGCCAUGCACGACUUCGUGUUCGGCCGCGGCGGGGACCAGCCCUGAGC